UCCCCAGCGUUGAUCAGCUCUCGGCUGUCCUGUGCGACUGCGAGCCGCUAUGCCGCCAGCUUAACCCGCGACACUCGCCAACGGCUGGCGUCUACACACUCUCACACCGACAACGACUUGUUUCCCGCGAACUUUCCGAGCUAUUCCCGGCAGAUCCACGCCGAUAGGACGGGCUGCGAGGCGCUAGGAGUAACGAGGGACGGUGGCGGGCGGAGCUUUUGUGCGGACCCGACCCGCUAGCUCCCUGGUCACGGUGUCCCACCCCCGAGCCUAGCCGGGCUCCAAGCUCAAACUUUCUGCCUCUUUCUCCGCCCCAACCGACUGGAUCUGUACCGGGACUCGACAUUUCCACGUAUUUCUGCUUCGUCGCGACUUCUCGGUGGGGAAAAGGGCCUGGAGUCGUGGAAAUAUCCGGAUUUGGUGAGCAGUUGUCGUGGGGCGCGACCCCCCUCCCCACCCGCCAGCUCGCAGAAAACACGCCGAAUCAGGUCAAAACUUUGCUCGCUGCUCUUCCGAUAUUUCUCCACCAUUCUUCACGAUGUAACGGCGUUCUAGGGACCAAAGACGCAUCUCAUAUGCUUUCUCCGGGAUUUUAAGAGAUUUAUUUAUCCCAUCCACAAAGAUUUGGAAUACGAAAAGUAGCCAGCCCACCCAGUGCCAAGAUGUCGCGCAAGGGAGAGCCAUGCAACAAAUUCGCCGCCAACAUUUUCAACAAGGCGAAGUGUCAAAACUGCUUCCGUCCUCGGGAAGAACAUCUUCUCAACGACUCCGACAUGUCCCAGCAGGAGGAACCUAAGCCCCCUGAGGAGCCACCAGAGAAGCCUGGUGCCAAAGUGACAGCGUGUGGAUGGAUGUACCGUGCUCCAGACCUCAUCGACUUCACCAACCCAGCACAGAGAUCACGGAAAUGGCAGAGACGCUGGUUUGUCCUGUUUGAGCAUGGCGGGCUGGUCUUCUCACUGGAUGAAAACCCGAGCACGAUCCCACAGGGCACCAUCAACAUGAACCAGUGCACGGAGGUGUACGACGGCCAGGGGAGGACUGGGAAGGAGAACUGCCUCGCCAUUGUGACCCCCGACAGCGUCGACUAUGUCUCCACAGACAACAAGUUUGACAUUGACAGGUGCGGGCUCUUCUUUUGUCUUCUUUGUUUUGCAUAAGAGAUGAGCUGCCUC